AUGGAUCUGGAAUUAGCUCUCGAUUUGGCGAAACAGAGGGCAUCGGUUUUAUGGCUUCUGUCCAAAGCGUACAACAAUGAGAUGCCAUCGGAUCUGAAGGAACCCUUCUAUAAAGAUCACGAAGAGAAUGACAGACUUAAGCCGCAAAUCACGCAAUCCCUGGCCAGCGCUGAGCUGUACUGUCUGGCGUUGGCCAACAUCUACUCGGACCCCAACUACCACUGUCUCAACCACUACGGCGUUAUGCAAAUACUUCAACGCAAAGGGGUUUAUAUGGUUGAGCCCAACGACGCCUCUCUCACCGAAACGGUGCUCAUACAGAACGCUCCCAUCAAAAUGAGCGCUCAUAUGGUUAUAAUCGAAGCCAUAAUGACUUUGUAUAUAAAGGAAGUGUUGAUCCCCGAGAAGGUGGCGGAAGUGGUGUCGAGGUUUGCGUACAUCGAAGAGGACGAAGUUCCCGAAGAUUUAGAAGAAGUGGCGAUAUUUUGGAUAAAUAAGUGUUGCGUCCGAUUAAAGCAGAUAAUGCAGAAGGAGUUGAACUCCGAUGAGAGCACCCGCGAUGAGCCGACACCUACUCUGCCAAUGCUGGAAGAGUUAACCGACUUAAGUGACGGCUGCAGUUUGGCGGCUCUACUCAGCUUCUACUGUCCCGAUCACCUCAAAUGGCAGGAGAUAUGUCUCAACAAAGACAUGUCUUUGGCUGACUCUAUAUAUAACCUACAAUUGGUUCAGUUCUUCUGCGAAGAGAAACUUCCCUUCAAUUGCUGUUUCUUAACGUUAGAGGACUUCCUAUAUCUUCACGACACCAUUCAGACGAAUAUAUUGGCGUUUAUCGCAGAUCUGCUAUUUUUCUUCGAGAUACGGCCCGCAGAGUGUGUCCGACAGCCGGACCUCCAGUACGCCGUCGACGAGACGGACAGUGAGAUGAAUAACGGCUUAUAUUAUCCGGAUUUGCCGACACCGGCAGAAAUGAAGGCCAAAUCACUGCAACAUUCUUCGUGGGCCGACGAGAAAAAUCUUGUCAUUGAACAGCAAACAAACGGCUCGCCGCCCACACGACCCCCACGCCGCUCCCUGUCGAGCGCCAAACUCGCCAAUCGGCACAAGAGUGUGUCCUCUCAGCACCCCUCCGACGAGGACGAAGAGCUCACCCGUUAUUUCUCGAACAUCGACUUCAAGGGCGACAACGAGGCGUCGCCCGAGAUCUUGAUGAUCAACGAGAAGAAUGCACACAAGAAGCCACUCAAUACGGGCCCCAAAUCUAUCAAUACGUACGCCAAUAAUAAUCGCAGAGAAAGUGUUAGGGAUUCCGACGAAAACGAUGUGAUUUUGUCGACGUCUCCGCAAAAACAAUCAAAUAAUAACACUUAUAAUGAAAUGAGUGACAAGUCUUCGUCGCAAUUAACUAAUUACUUCACAUCAUUAGCGCAAACCAAUGCCAGUGCGACCACCACUCGGAGGCCGAGCGCCUCCAAUGCGCGCAAAUCUAAUCAACAAAACUUAAUGAACUCAUCAAUAGUUUUAGGGACAGAUUCGCCGCCAUUGCCGGUGACCAACACAUCAAACACUAGUUUUUCUAAAAAUAGUUCACAAAAUUCAUCAAAGAUUUUACCGUCAGCUCCGCCGGAGGCCGAGUCGGUCAUCAAUAUCGCGUAUUUGCCUAAAAACGACAAAACCUCUAAUAGUAGUAAUUAUUUGCCGCCAGUCUCUCAGUCGAGCCAAACACUCGCAUCAAAGCCCUCAUCAAACACAUCAACAAAUAGUAAUACAUUUAAGUUAAACGCAUCACAAAAUUCAGUGCAAACCAUACCCACCGUCGGUGCGGACCAACCGUUUUAUCUCCAAGAAGACGACGCCAGUAGUGGUCAGAGGAGUCUUCUGAUGGCAUAUAAUUCUCGGCCAAAUGUGUCGCAAAUGAGUAAAAGUGAUUCAAUCGACUCGUUGUUAGACGAGAACGACGCGAGAGAUUCGGUCGACUCUGAGAUCGCAUCACAGGUUCACAACAUACGGAUGAAACUCGAAGAGAAGCGCCGGAAGAUUGAACUCGAGAGACAAACGGCUGAAGAGGAAUGGAAGUCCAGUCGACAGAACAUCGGCAAAGAGGCGUUCAUGAGAGUUAUCCACAAGAAUGGUAACCAAGAAAUACCGAAUCAAGAAAUGCCUAAUCAAGUGAUGCCUAACCAAGUGAUGCACAAUCCAGUGAUGCCUCAUAUGCUCCAAAACCAUCAGAUGAUGGCCUCUCAAGAGCUUAUGAAUCAUCAGAUGCUUAAUCAUCAGAUGAACCAACAGAUGAAUCAACAGAUGAUGGCACCCGAUAUGAUGAACCAUCAAAUGCAUGGCCAGCAUAUGGUUAACCAUUCGAUGAUAGCACCAGAAUAUAUGAACCAACGAAUUAUGAGCCAUCAGAUGAUGAACGCACCGCAAGUGAUUCAUCACCAGUUAGUUAAUCAUCAAAUGAUGGCAAAUCCACCACAAGUUAUGUCUCAUCAAAUGGUCGCUCAAAACCCGAACCCAUAUUAUAUGAAUUCUCAGCCAAAUAUGACAAACAUGUCGGGCGUCUCCAUUCCUCCACAACAAGUGUUUGAAGAGUACACUCAACAACAGCAACAGAUGUUCUCUUCUUCGCCCAACUCUAAGCCAUUAAUCGGCCGAACGUUUCGUGUUAUGAAACCCAAAGUCAUGUCACCCGACGCUUCCGAACACAACUCUCCCACCCGUUCUGUCAGUGAAUAUUCUGACGAAGGGUUCAAUAACUACGAGAAGAGUACGAAAAGCUCUUCGAGUGGUUCGACAACGAAAGAGGGCUCGACUGCCGAAGACUUUACUUCGAAAGAGGCGUUCUUUAUAUCGUUUGAUAGCGAAGCCAAACCCAAAGCACCGAAACCCGGUCUAAGACCCAAACAAGUGAAACAACAGCAACAGAUGAGACGCGAACUCAAGUCAUCGCUUAACGCCCAUCAGGAACGAGACAAUCAGUCAUCGCCUCAUCGAUCGAAUGGUACGUUAGAUGAGACGCCGACCGGAGAGACCGGAGUUGUGAAUUCGGUGUCUCCGGGCGUGGGGUUCGUAAUCGGCGCCGAUUUAGUACAUCCAGACAUGAGUAGUGAACUAGAAAUGGCCAAAAAGAAGGAGUCAAUUAUGUUGCAGUCACUGAAGCGAAGGGAACGACAGGAGGCCGAGAGGGCUAAGAAGGAGCAGAGUUUGGCUCAGAAACGAGAAGACGAGCGAAUGAGACGCGAGAGCUCUGACCGCAAGAAAGAGGAGGAGAGGACUAAACGGCAGUUCAUUCUCGAGCAGUACAGACACCGAAAGGCUGCCGAAGAGAUGGAGAAGAACGGGUCGCUGUCGUCGAAAGACUCGGUGCGCAGCAGUAGUACUCUUGUGCUAAACAGACCGUCGCGUCAACGCCUCUUCCAGAAGCCGCGGCCCAAAUCGCUGCACGUCUCGGCCUCAAACAUUCAGGACUACUCGUCCCUCGACUGCAACAAAUCGCGUAUCGUUGACGACACGGACGCCUGUGCUCUCCUCUCAUCCAACUCUAACUUCUCGCGACCCGAGUCCGCGAUGUCCGGCCAUUCCAAGAGCUCUGCGUUUGUGACUUCGCCCACAAGUCAUGGCCAACACGUUCCUCCCUUUAUGUUCUCCCGAUUCAGAGGCCCUCCGAGUGACGGCGCCUCCGAUGCCGGCUCUGUCUAUACUGAAUACACGGGCCCUAAACUGUUUGUGAAGCCCAGUCAGAAGUCCAACAAAGUAUUGAUAUUGAAUGCCAUUAAUGUCGUGUUGGCCGGUGCUGUGAACGCCGACACCAAAAAGAAAGUCUUAGAGCACAUCAAUGGCUCCGAUAGUAAGCAUUAUUUAAUUUUGUUCCGCAAUGCGGGCCUACAGUUCAGAGCCGUCUAUACCUAUAAUCCCGAUCGCGAAGAAGUGUUCAAACUGUUCGGAACGGGUCCUAAGACUGUCACAAAUGAAUUCAUCGAACGUUUCUAUAAGUAA